AGCAUGGACCUGGUGAGACUUGCAGUGUUUUUUCACAUCCUCCUGUGUCCUGCGUGGACUUUGUCCCGUCAGUCUUUCGCUGAGCGCCUCCUCUCAGCCCACCCAGCCUUCAGUCUGCUGGAUGAGCCGGUGAGGUUUGACCCCUGCUGCCUCGUGUCGCCCCCUCCGCCGCCGCUCUUCCCUCCUCCUCCUCAGCUCUGGAAGCGGGGCAGCCCUGAUGCCAUCAGCUUGUUGGAGCCGAGUGUUUUUGGAGGAGAGGUGCAGGAAAAACAGAAGCCUGUCAUUCAUGGGUGUCCAUCUGGACCUCCGGGCCCACCAGGACCACAGGGACCAGAGGGUCAUGGUGGAUUGCCGGGCAUAAGAGGACCAAAGGGGGAGAAGGGAGAAAUUGGACGUCCCGGGUCAAAGGGCCGCACUGGAGCUCCAGGACUUCCAGGGAAACAGGGACUUCCAGGAUGGCCUGGUCCAGAAGGACCGAAGGGUGAGAAAGGGGAUCCAGGACUCAUGGGUUUGCCAGGACUGAGAGGACCACCAGGAACAAAGGGUUUACCUGGCUACAAGGGAGACAAGGGGGCUCGUGGUGAUUUUGGUGCAGCAGGACCAAAAGGCGACAAGGGCUCCAUUGGUUUGCCAGGGAUGCUCGGCCAGAAGGGUGAGCCAGGAGCAAAGGGGGGUCCAGGAGUCCCGGGGAAAAGAGGACCAACUGGGCGCCCAGGGAAGAGAGGCAAGCAGGGCACAAAGGGCCACUCUGGGUCCCCAGGAAUCAUGGGCCCUCCAGGACCUGCCGGUCCGAACGGUCACCCUGGACCCCCAGGACCUCCUGCCUCCGGUCUCUAUCUAGUUGGAGAAAAGGGAGAAAAGGGUCUUCCGGGUCCACCGGGUCGCUGCGACUGUGACGCCACUCCUGGAGCAAAUAAUGCGCCGUAUGGCAGCUACACAGACCGGCGCGGUGCCAGCAAAGUCACUGCAAUAUACGUGGUCAACAGUGAGGAGGAGAUGGGCCGUCUGAAACUGGACAGUUCCAUAGCAUUCAGGAAGGAUCAGAGGAUGCUGUAUUUCAGAGAUAAAGAUGGAUGGAAGCCCAUACAGCCCUUCCAGCCGUUCCAGUCCACAGAGAAGGUCCCGGACAGAGUUGGCGCUUGUGGCGAUGGGAAAGUGCAGCCGCAGCACGGAGAGGAGUGUGAUGACGGAAACCAGAUCGUCACUGAUGCUUGUCUCAACUGUAAGUGGGCCUACUGUGGCGAUGGAUACCGCCACGAAGGCAUGGAGGAGUGUGACGGAAAGGACUUUGGUUAUCAGACCUGCAAAUCCUAUCUUCCUGGGUCCUUCGGGCACCUCAGAUGCACAGACUCCUGCCUGAUUGACUCAACUGGCUGCAAGUACUUCACCUGAAUUUGAACAUUUCAAAAAAAAAAAAUGGACACAGUAGACCUUUGCAAUUCCUCCCCCUGAUCGAGGGGACGAUACUUCGGAUUGCAGCUGAAGUCUAACCCUUCAUUGAUAUCUGAUGGACUGAGAGUGAGAGAGUGAACUAAAGAGAAAGCUCUUCUGCCUGUUCUGAGCCAGGUAAAGUGUCGGGAGUCAGCUUGAAAUCGGCUCCCCUCCUUGAGGGUUUCAUUUUGUACUGGCCUCAGAGACCAGCUCCUCGCUAUUGUCAUACCAUCGGCUGCAUCGACUGUUACAGACACUGGUGAUGGUGGGACUCAUUUCACACGAAUUACUUACAAUUCACUUUUCAAUUCUACAAUGUGUAUGACUUGCUGACUGUUAAUGCAGAAAUAAGCUGUGUUUUCCUUAAGAAAGGGGGAAAAAAAACCUUUCUCUAAAUGGCAGUGACACUAAAGAUACUAUAUGUACUGUAGUGUGCAAAUCAGGGUUGUGUAAAUGUGUGUAUUCAUGUGCAAUGUAUUUAUAAAUCCAAGGCGUGCAAUGCAUGACGUGUUUCCGUGUACAGCGAACUGCUUUAACCAGAGCUGUAAAUGUGCCACCCAGCGUUGAGGCCCUGUAGAAAUGAAUGUAAUAAUAAUCCGACAGAGGGAAAACGAAUGUCAUGAUGUCAAGAGCAAUAGCAAACCGAGAAUACCUGUAAAAACCUGCAGCAGCAUGAAGUCACGACUAAACGAACCCAGUAACGUGUGAAUAAAUCUGCCUGCAUGACUGUAAAUUUCAUAAAA